AUGGCCAAGUCAAAGAACUCGUCUCAGCACAACCAGUCGAAGAAGAACCACAGGAACGGUAUCAAGAAGCCUAAGACUCACCGUUACCCCUCGCUCAAGGGUACCGACCCCAAGUUCCGCCGUAACCACAGGCAUGCUCUGCACGGCACCAUGCGCGCCCUGAAGGAGGUCAAGGAGGGCAAGCGCGAUGCGGUUUAA